AUGAGUUCCAAUAAAUUAAAUUUCAACAUUAAACAUUCUGGUAAACUAUAUCCUAUCUUUAUCAACAAUGACACUACUCUUGGUGAACUAAAGACAGAAGUGGAAAAACUGACUAUGGUUCCACACUCCCGUCAGAAGUACAUGGUUAAAGGUAGCUUAACUGACGAUACUAUUAAUAAUUUAUCGACUAUAUUCAAACAAGGAUCUACUGUUAUGCUGUUGGGAACUCCAGAUGCCGAUCUGAUUUCUAAACCAAAAAAACAAAGCAGUUUUAUUGAAGAUUUAGCUCCAGAUCAACAAAUGCAAAAACUAAAUGAUUUGCCAAUUGGUUUCCAAAACAUGGGUAAUACUUGCUACAUGAAUUCCACUUUACAAGCAUUGUUUCGUGUAGAUGUGUUAAAAGAUAUGAUUUUAAAUUACAAAACUGAGGGUAACAACAUCAGUCCUGAAGAUGAAUUACAUCAUAAGAUUGUUAUUGAAUUAAAGAAGUGUUUUGAAACUUUAGAUGGCAAAAAAUUUAAAGCAGUCAUGCCUGUUGUGUUAUUAAGUGUCUUGAGAAAAUGCUAUCCUCAAUUUGCUGAGCGUGAUUCCCAAAGUGGAUUUUAUAAGCAACAAGAUGCAGAAGAAUUAUUUACACAAUUAUUUCAAACUUUAAAAAUUGUCUUUGGUGACAAAUUUAAUAAUAACUUUGAAAUUGAAUUCAGGACAACAAUCAAAGACACUGCUAACGAAAAUGACGUUACUGUUAAGGAAAAUGAAACGGAUUCAAAAUUGCAAUGCCAUAUUAGCGGUAUAACCAAUUUCAUGAAGAAUGGAUUAUUAGAAUCAUUACAUGAAACGAUUGAAAAGAGAUCUGAUAUAACUGGUGUGAACUCUACUUAUUCUGUUGAUAAAGAAAUUACCAAAUUGCCAAAAUAUUUAACAGUUCAAUAUGUUAGAUUUUUCUGGAAAAGAUCUACCAACAAAAAAUCUAAGAUUUUACGUAAAGUUCAAUUUCCAUUUCAACUAGAUGUUUCUGAUUUAUUAACACCAGAAUAUGCUCAAGAAAAGAUCAAAGUUCGCGAAGAAUUAAGAGUAGUUGAAAAAGACAAACUGAAUGAUGAAAGAGAAAUUAAAAGAUGUAAAUUAAAUGGUGAUAGUUUAUUCGAUGAUGCCGAUACUAGCACAGAGGCAACUGCCAUGACUCCAAAAGAGAAACAAGAAAUGGAAACCGCAUUAAUAAAAAGCCGUAAAGAACAUUGGUUAGAAGAAUAUAAGAAACGUUUCCCUAAAGAUUUACAAGCAGGUGAGAAUCCAUCGUGUGUUUACGAUUUAAUAGGUAUCAUAACACAUCAAGGUGCCAAUAGUGAGAGUGGACAUUAUCAAUCAUUUAUCAGAGAUGAAAAUGAUGAAGAUAAAUGGUAUAAGUUCAAUGAUGAUAAAGUUAGUGAGUACGAAAAAGAUAAAAUCGAGCAAUUGGCCGGUGGUGGUGAAAGUGACAGUGCUUUAAUUCUAAUUUAUAAAGGUAUGGGUUUGUGA